CAGGACGUCCUUCUCCUCGCGGCUGGGCGGCCUCAUCCGCGCCAUCACCGCGCUCACCUCCAAGCACGAAGAAGAGAAAUUAAUCCAGCAGGAACUGAAUAAUCUGAAAGUGACUGUUUCUGCUCCAACUACAACACUGAGAGAGAAACAGAGAGAGAAUGGGUGUUCCAGGGCCUUACAGCUGCUGUGAAUGAACGCCAGACGCAUGCGCCCCCUCAUGGGCAUGGGUGGCAUUGCACGCUUGCGUCACUUGCAUUUGUCUACACCUAGGAUCUGGAGUAUUCAAACAGGAGUUCUUAGGCUUCCCAGAAAAUGAUGAAGGAAUGUAUGGUGAGACUUAUAUAUUGCGAAAUGCUUGGAUAUGAUGCUUCCUUUGGCUAUAUUCAUGCAAUCAAGUUGGCCCAACAAGGAAACCUCUUAGAAAAAAGAGUAGGUUAUUUGGCUGUUUCUUUAUUUCUUCAUGAAAAUCAUGAACUUUUGCUUCUCCUUGUGAAUACAGUGGUAAAGGACUUGCAGAGCACUAACCUGGUAGAAGUGUGCAUGGCACUCACUGUUGUCAGCCAAAUUUUCCCUCGAGAAAUGAUUCCCGCUGUUCUUCCAUUAAUAGAAGAUAAACUUCAGCAUCCUAAGGAGAUUAUACGAAGAAAAGCUGUGCUGGCAUUAUACAAGUUCCAUCUCAUUGCUCCCAAUCAAGUACAGCACAUCCAUACUAAGUUUCGCAAAGCACUUUGUGAUAGAGAUGUUGGGGUCAUGGCUGCUUCUUUGCACAUCUACCUUAGGAUGAUUAAGGAGAAUUCAUCUGGAUAUAAAGACUUGACUGGGAGUUUUGUGACAAUUUUGAAGCAAGUAGUUGGAGGAAAGCUCCCUGUAGAGUUCAAUUAUCAUAGUGUGCCAGCACCAUGGUUACAAAUUCAGCUCCUGAGAAUACUAGGACUUCUAGGAAAAGAUGAUCAAAGGACAAGUGAAUUAAUGUAUGAUGUUCUUGAUGAAUCUUUACGAAGAGCUGAGUUAAAUCACAACAUUACUUAUGCUAUUCUGUUUGAAUGUGUACAUACAGUCUAUUCUAUUUAUCCUAAAUCAGAAUUACUUGAAAAGGCUGUUAAGUGCAUUGGAAAAUUUGUUCUCUCACCAAAAAUAAACCUCAAGUAUCUAGGACUGAAGGCUCUUACUUAUGUUAUCCAACAGGAUCCUUCUCUGGCUCUUCAACACCAGAUGACAAUAAUUGAAUGCUUAGACCAUCCUGAUCCCAUUAUUAAAAGAGAGACCCUGGAACUUCUUUACAGAAUUACAAAUGCACAGAACAUAACAGUUAUUGUCCAGAAAAUGCUUGAAUAUUUACAGCAGAGCAAAGAAGAGUACAUCAUUGUAAAUCUGGUUGGAAAAAUAGCCGAGUUGGCAGAGAAAUAUGCUCCUGACAAUGCAUGGUUUAUCCAGACAAUGAAUGCUGUGUUUUCAGUGGGAGGAGAUGUAAUGCACCCAGAUAUUCCCAAUGACUUCCUGAGACUGUUAGCAGAAGGUUUUGAUGAUGAAGCAGAAGAUCAGCAGUUAAGACUCUAUGCUGUGGAGUCUUACCUCACCUUACUAGACAUGGAGAAUGUAUUCUAUCCACAGAGAUUUAUUCAAGUUAUGAGUUGGGUGUUGGGAGAGUAUUCUUACCUUUUAGAUAAAGAAACUCCCGAGGAGGUUGUAACCAGGCUCUACAAGUUACUUAUGAGUGACUCCAUUUCUUCAGAAACAAAAGCCUGGUUAAUUGCUGCUGUGAUCAAGUUGACACCCCAAGCAUAUGCAUCUGAUAUAAUUGAGAGAUUAAUCCAGGACUUUACUGUAUCUUUGGAUACUUGUAUGAGACAGCAUGCAUUUGAAUUAAAACAGCUGCAUGAGAAUGUAGAACUUAUGAAGACCUUGUUUCCAGUUGACAAGAGUUCGGAAGAUAUGGUGGUAGAUGCUUCCUUAUCAUUUCUGGAUGGUUUUGUGGCUGAAGGACUCAGUCAAGGGGCAGCACCAUACAAACCUCACCACCAGCGCCAGGAAGAAAAGCUUUCUCAGGAAAAAGUUCUCAACUUUGAACCAUAUGGACUCUCAUUUUCUUCUGGUAUCACUGGACGACAGUCUCCUGCUGGCAUUUCUCUUGGUUCUGAUGUAUCUGGGAAUAGUGCUGACACAGGAUUGAAAGAGACAAAUAGCUUGCAGCUGGAAGGUGUAAAGAAAUUAUGGGGGAAAGAGGGCUAUCUUCCCAAGAAGGAGAGCAAAGCUGGUGAUAAAAUGGAAGCUCUGCCUAUUCCUCAAGAGAGUGGAAUAAUGGAGAAUGUAGACCAAGCUAUACCCUCAAAGAAUCAAUCUCAAAGCCUUACACAGUCUAAAGAAGAAGAAGAAAAGCAGCUAUUGGCAUCAUCCUUAUUUGUUGGGAUAGGAUCAGAAAAUACAAUCAAUUUGAUGGGAAAAGCAGAUACCAUGUCUCACAAAUUCAGGAGGAAAUCAAAAGUCAAGGAGGCCAAAAGUGGUGAAGCAAGCCGAGCUCAUAGUAUGGCCUGCUCUUCCCUCAGUUCUCAGUCACGUGUGGCCUUUGAAGAUGAUAGUUAUCUGAAUACUUUGCAGGGUAGAAGAGACACGGAGUUAAAGAAAUUUUCUACCAAUUCAGAACUUUUGGAUUCUGAGUCUCUGAAAGAACUUCCCUCAGUCAAGAAACUUUCAGAUGGCAGCCUGUCAGCACCUUCUUUGUUUGCUGAUGAGAAUAUAGAGAUUCUUCACCUUCCCUCCUCUUCUGUAGCCUCAGCUGCCAACGACAUCUCUUUAUCUUCCUCUUUACUGGAAGAAACUACUGAAUGCAUGCAGUCAAGCCUUAUGAAGGUCUAUAAUAAUGAAACUGUAUCAGUGUCUUCUUACAAAAUUUGGAAAGAUGAUUGCUUAUUGAUGAUCUGGUCGCUUACUAAUAAGAGUGGUUCAGAGUUGAAAAGUGCAAACUUGGAAAUUUUUCCUGAAGAAAAUUUCAAGACCACUGAGCGGCCUGUAUGCUCUUUACCUGUAAUGGAAACAGAAAGCACCAAGAACUUUGAAUAUAGUAUACACAUGGAAAAGCCUUUCACAGAAGGGACUCUUUCUGGUUUUGUAAAUUAUCAACUGAUGGAUACGCACUCCGUUCAGCUGGAAUUUUCCAUAAACCUAUCAUUAUUAGACUUUAUUAGACCAUUGAAAAUCUCAACUGAAGACUUCGGUAAACUCUGGUUAUCCUUUGCAAAUGAUGUCAAGCAAAAUAUAAAAACUUCAGAACCUCAAGAUGCCCUACCUACUACCCUACAGAUGUUGCAGCAGAAACUGAGGCUCCAUGUCAUUGACAUCAUAGGUAAUGAAGGGCUUUUGGCCUGUCAGCUACUCCCAUCUAUCCCCUGCUUACUUCAUUGCCGAGUCCAUGCUGAUGUCUUAGCCCUGUGGUUCAGAUCCUCCUGCUCAGCUCUUCCCGACUACUUAUCAUAUCAGUGUCAGAAAGCAAUAGAAGGAUUGUAGAAGUUCAGAUUAAUUUUAUUCUUUCAAAUUGUUUACAUGUAUAAACUUUAUUUACCAAAGUGAAAAUAACUCAAGAUACUUCUAAUGAAAAUGGGGAUAACUAUAAGUUGUGAUUUAUGUGUUUUCUUUUUGAUUACUUACCAAGAAAAAUCCCCAAGAAACUGUAUCACUGAUUUUUUUACUCAGGAUUGUACAGUAUGCUUGGGUCUGCAACAACUGACCUAAGAUAAUGUUAUAAAAUACUAAUGAUUUAUAUAUCAAUUGUGAAACUGAAAAUAUUUAUUUUGUUAUAAAUAAUUUUAAAGCAGGUUUAUUUUAGCAUUAGCUAAUUUGGAGUAAAGCCAAGACUCAUUUCUCUGCAUUAGUGCAGGGGUGAAUAUGAAAUUUAUAAUCGUGACCCUAAUAUAAAUUUGGCUGUGGAUAUAGUGUGUUUGAUGUUGGGUAUGUCCAUUCUUUCAGCUGUGCUUUUCUUAGGUCACUGUUGAACAAGGUAGCAAAGCACAUGCUGAUCGCUAUAGGAGAUUCAUGUGCAUGCUGGAUAUUGGAAAGAUUUAAUCUGUGGUAUAUGUAGCUAGAAACAACUUGUUACACAUAAGAUAAUUUGGCCAUAAAGCUUCUCUGUUUACCUUUUGUAUUUUCUUUAAAAUUAAAAGUAAAUCGCUAUAUUUUUAUUUUAAAAACUUGACCAUUUUCAAAAUGUUAUCCUAAGAGCACAGUGUGAAAGCAACAGACUUAAAAAAUACCUUAGUUACUACUUUGGGUCCUUUUGACAAUUAAAGUUUAUGACUAUAAAUGGCAAAA